AUGACCAAUUUGGAGGUUCUUGAUUUAAGUAAUAAUCUCUUCAGGAACGAGACUUUUGCAUUCCUUUCUGGCCUUCCAAGUCUAAAGUCUCUGUAUAUGGAGCACAACCAAUUGCAAGGCUCAAUAGAUAUUGGAGAUAGUGGGAGACAGCUGAACUUGACCCAUUUGGAAGAAUUUGAUUUGAGUUAUAAUCUCAUUAAUGACAACAUAUUUGCAUCACUUAGCGGGCUUUCAAAUUUGAAGUCUUUGGAUGUAAGCUCCAAUCAGUUAAAUGGAUCAAUAGAUAUGAAAGACUUAGGUGCUUUUACCAACUUAGAGGAACUGGAUAUGAGUUAUAAUGAUUUGAAUGAAUUUGUGGGCUGUAAAGAAUUGCAUGUGUGGAGCAAUGUGGAGGAAAUAUUUCUAGACUUUUCUUAUCUCAACAACAACAUUUUGCAAAGCAUUGGAGUAUUCACUUCUCUUAAAACUUUGUCUUUAAGUAACUGUCGACUUAUUGGUUCCUUGCCUAUUCAAGAGGAUAUUGAUCUCAGUAAUAAUAGUUUUAAUGGAAAGCUCCCAAGAUGGAUAGGGAAUAUAUCGCAUUUGAAGAGAUUGGCUUUGUCAAACAAUCAUUUUGAAGGUUCUAUUCCAAUGGAAUUUUGGCAACUUGUUUGA